ACGGAAGCGCCGCUGGGACUGACACGUGGCCUUGGGCGGUGCUGCCUGUGUGGGUCGGCCAGGCAGGAGCCGGACCUGGACGCUCUGCGCCCCCCAUGCAGCCGCUGCCGCCGCCGGAAGAAGCCCACAGGGACGGGGCCGAGGACUCCCAGUGGUCCAGGCCCGAAUGCCAGGUGUGGACAGGGACACUGCUGCUGGGCACCUGCCUGCUGUACUCUGCCCGCGUCAGCAUGCCCGUGUGCGCCGUCUCCAUGAGCCAGGACUUCGGCUGGAACAAGAAGGAGGCCGGCAUCGUGCUCAGCAGCUUCUUCUGGGGCUACUGCCUGACGCAGGUGGUGGGCGGCCACCUGGGGGACCGGAUCGGUGGUGAGAAGGUCAUCCUGCUGUCUGCCUCCGCCUGGGGGGUCAUCACGGCCGCCACCCCACUGCUCGCCCGGCUUGGCAGCGCCCACCUGGUCUUCAUGACCUUCUCUCGCAUCCUCACGGGUUUGCUCCAAGGCGUGUACUUCCCGGCGCUGACCAGCCUGCUGUCCCAGAAGGUACGAGAGAGCGAGCGAGCCUUCACCUACAGUGCCGUGGGGGCUGGCUCCCAGUUCGGGACGCUGGUGACGGGGGCCGUGGGCUCCCUGCUCCUGGACUGGUGCGGCUGGCCGAGUGUCUUCUACUUCUCCGGUGGGCUCACCCUGCUGUGGGUGUGUUACGUGGACAGGUACCUGCUGAGUGAAAAAGAUCUCAUCCUGGCCUUGGGUGUCUUGGCGCAAGGCGUGCCAGUGUCCAGGCACACCAAAGUUCCCUGGAGGCAGCUUUUCCGAAAGCCUUCCGUCUGGGCAGCCAUCUUCUCCCAGCUGUCCUCUGCGUGCUCCUUCUUCAUCCUCCUCUCCUGGCUGCCCACCUUCUUUGAGGAGACAUUCCCCAGCUCCAAGGGUUGGGUCUUCAACGUGGUGCCCUGGCUGGUGGCGAUUCCCGCCAGUCUGUUCAGCGGGUUUCUCUCUGACCAUCUUAUCAAUCAGGGUUACAGGACCAUCGCUGUGCGGAAGUUCAUGCAGGUGAUGGGCCUCGGGCUGUCCAGCGUCUUUGCCCUGUGUUUGGGUCACACCUCAAGCUUCUGUAAGUCCGUGGUAUUUGCAUCAGCGUCCAUUGGCCUGCAGACCUUCAACCACAGCGGCAUUUCGGUCAACAUCCAGGACCUGGCCCCAUCCUGUGCCGGCUUUCUGUUUGGUGUGGCAAACACAGCUGGGGCCUUGGCAGGCCGCCCCUGGCCUCCCGUCCUGGAACCCCACCACCAGCUGCGCUCCUCGGCACUGCCCUCGGGACGGCCCCGGAGCACUCGGCCUGUCUACCCCCGUCUGCUGCAGGUGUCGUGGGCGUGUGCCUGGGGGGCUACCUCAUCGAGACCACGGGCUCCUGGACGUCCAUGUUCAACCUGGUGGCUGCCGUCAGCAGCCUGGGGCUGUGCACCUUCCUGCUGUUGGGAGAGGCCCAGCGAGUGGACCUGAGCCCCACCCGCGAGGACCUCUAGCUGCCCCAGCCUGACCGUUCCUUCAGUGCUGUCUGCCUUGGGGUGACGGGCUCUGUUUGAGAGCCUCCCACUCCUGACCCCAGAUGUGUAAGCAGGGGGAAAGCGAGACCUAGCCAAGCCGGGCUGCCCUGGCUGGGCCUCAGUUUCUCCAGCGAGGUGAUCGUGCCUUCCCCUCAGGGUGCGUGGACUGUCAGGGGUGAGUGGAGUUAGUGUUUCUAGCAGUGGCUGUGUCUUUACACACAGUCUGUUCCAUGUAGAUCCACGUGCCCCUGCGGUCCCCAUGGUGGGAGCUUUGCCCGUCCCUGCAGGGGCUGGACUCUUCCCCCCAGACCUGCUCUGCUUUGCUUCUCGGCACAUGGGGCCAGAUCAUUCUUCGUGGGGUGAGGGGGGCUGUCCUGUGCACUGGGCCUGCAUCCGGGGCCCCCAUCUACUAGGUGACCCCCCAGUCAUGACAACCAACACUGGCUCCUGGCAUCACCACGUGUCCCCAGGGGAGCUGCCCUGGGUGGGACCUGCAGCUCUCAUGAAGCCUGUUAGGGGCUGCUAGGGGCAUUUCAGCUUCUCCAAGUUCAGUGGGUGGGCCGUGGGCUAGACGCCCUUGCCCAUCUUUGGGGACCCCCCCGGCAUCCCCCGUGGGUCCCUUGGCACUCGUGAAGUGUUCUGCCUCCCUUGGGCCCACUGACGCCAGCAGUAAGGGGACUGUGGGUCCCUCUCCUGCCCAGGGCACUCCGCAGGACCAGGGAGCCCUCCUGCAUCGUCCUUCUCUCCUAAGAGAGGAUCUGGUCGUCUUGGGAAUUAAUAACAGAUCCUGCAAGAUGUAUACGUAGAAAAAAGAAUCUAAGAAUGUGGAAAAAUCACCCCAGACUUAUUUAAACGAUGGCUAUUAAACUGGAAAAGGAAGA